UUGUGUGUAAACGGCAACCAAUUGGAGGAAGUCAAGGCAGCAGUAUCCUACCGCCACACACCCACAUCACUUUUGUGUCAACCACUUCGCGGGAGUUGUCGCUCUAGGAGCAGUGUUCCCAUUUAAACUACUCGCCGCUUGAUACGCGUCAAUUAAAGAGCAACGCCAUGUCUGACAGAAAGCCAGUGAUCAAGAAUGCCGACAUGACGGAGGACAUGCAGCAGGACGCCGUGGAGUGCGCCACACAGGCCCUGGAAAAGUACAACAUCGAGAAAGACAUUGCUGCAUACAUUAAAAAGGAGUUUGACAAGAAAUAUAACCCAACAUGGCACUGCAUUGUUGGGAGGAACUUCGGGAGCUACGUUACUCAUGAGACCAAGCAUUUCAUUUACUUCUACCUGGGUCAGGUGGCCAUUUUGCUGUUCAAGUCCGGCUAAGGGAAGGCUGCAUUGACCCAACCCCUGGCUGACCAUACAAUACUGACGGACUUCACAAAAGGCACUUACAUUCCUUGGCAAGGGGCCGCUGCCUUUUUCUCUUCUGCAUUCUACUUUGUUGUUUUUGACUAUAAAAUCCGUGGCCAUGUUAAAGAGAUAAAACGCUUGUAUUUAUUUUUGUCUUGUUACAGUAGACAUGUCAGUUUUUUAAUUAAAGUAUAAAUGUUAAACAGUC